AUGGGGAACAGUUAAUGUUAAUAAACAAAUCUAAAAAGCGAAGUCAACAUGAUUAUUACAGAAGAGAAUGUCCAUUCUGAUGAAUCUGAACAUAAUCUUACAUCUAAAAUUACUGAUAGAGUUUAUAAAGUUAAUUUUGUUAGAAAUGAACUUAUGUAGAGGUUGCAAUCAAUUAGUUAAGAAACGUAAAAAUUUCAAAAUAUUACAAAGAACAGUUUAUUAUAUGUCACAGAACUAAUCUUAUAAUUAAAUAAGUAUACUGUUGGAUAGUUAAAAACAAUGAUGAUAGGAGCACAUAAAACCUAUCAAAUACUUAUUUAAGCUAUUAUUAAAAUGAAGCCAGAAAAUAGUGAGAUAAUUCCUGUAUUGAGUGAGGAAUAUAAUAAUUUUAAGCUUUUCUAUGAAUUACAAACAUAACCAGCUCAAUAAUUGUAUUAUCGUCCUGUGUAUAAUGAAGAUUAUAAAAUUGUUAGAGAAAUUAGAGUCAAAAGAGUUAGAAAUUACGUAAUUAAAGAAGAUAAUGUAACAGAUCUUUAAAAAACUUAAUAAAGAUUAUAAUAUUGGAUAGAAUUGAGUUAAAAAAAGCAUCCAAAUUUAUUGAAUUUAAGAGCAGCAGUAAUAUAAAAAAAUGUAUGUAAAUAUGUAACAGAUUACAUUGAUGGAAUAACACUGGAUAAAUUUCAAAAUAAGAAUAUUUAAACUAGAGAGAAAAUAAAAAUGAUGCAAUAAAUGAUAGAUGCAUUAAGGAUUCUUCAUGCAUAAUAAUUAGUUCAUGGAGAUAUCAAACCUUCAAAUUUUAUGGUUACUUAACAAUAUUAAGUAAUUCUAUUAGAUCUUGAUCAACUAGGAGCAGAGAGAUAAUCUGCUGAUAUGACUUAUUUAUAUUCCUAUAAGGAUGAUUAAUGUCCUACUUUUUAAGGAGAUAUAUGGUCUCUUGGAUUGUGCAUUUAUUAAUUAUUUAUGGGACAAAGAAUAGAAAAAACCUGGACAAUAGAGGACUAUAAAGCUAGAGAUUUUCCUGCUUUUAAUAUUAAGUCUUAUGGAGCUAUUCAAUAGAUUUUAGAUGCAUGCAUAAUAGAUAACCCAAAAGACAUUUGGUACAUUAGUACUUUAAGUAAGCAACUAUGA